CUUUAUACAUUGGAACUGAUCUUUAACUCUGGGCAGAUGUUAUAAAAGGACAUAUUUGGGAGCAGACAGAUGUAUGAGCUAAAACCUGAUUUUCACUCUCCGAUUUGCUUCUUCUUUCAUUCCAAAGAAACCCGAUAUGGAACCACACCCUCUUUAUUUUAUGCCACCUCCUUAUUUAACUAGAACUAAACCUCCAUGUCGUCUGUCUGAUCCGGCUCAGCCCCACAAGCUUUGCCGACGGCGACGACCAACUCAUCCUCCACUUUCUAUCUGCUUUACGUGCAAAGGCAAACACUUGAAGCGCAGUAAAUACUAUUACUACUGUGCUACUUGCAAUUUGGAAUUUCACAGAGGUUGUCACAUCUUUCUGCCGGAGAUCAGAAGCGCUUUUCAUCCCUCUCACCCCCUCACCUUCACCGCCUUAGAUCCUGAAUUUAAUGCUUCUAUCAUACACCAAAAUUGGAAGGACAGCUCCGCUUCAGAGGAAUCUUCCGAAGAAUUGAUAAACGAAGUUGUUGACUAUGAUCAUGAAGACGAUGGUGAUGAUGCUGUUGCUAAUGAAGAGGAUGAUGACGAUAAUGGGGAUGGAAAUGGCGGUGGCGAUGUUUAUGCUGUCGCUUAUAAUGAUGGUGCCUCUUUGUCCUAUUAUGGAAAUCACCUGAAAUGCAAAUGUUGUGCUUCUCCUUUAGAAAAGCUAUAUUAUCAUUGUUCUAUCUGCAAGUUCAAUCUUAACUUGACUUGCUCGAUGAGACCACCACCUACCACUAUCUCACACUUGAAAUGUCAUGAGCACACCCUCACCCUCUUCCUUAUGCGAAUCCAUUGGCCAUGCGAUGUUUGUGGCUUUCUUCUAAACAAAGACACCGACGAUCUCGUUUACGCUUGUCUACCUUGCAGCCUUAUGGUCCACAGAUCAUGUAUCUAUCUACCUCGUGUCAUUAAGAUCACCCGACACCCACAUCGUCUCUCUCUCACUUCCUCCCUUCAACCUGGUGAUUUCUCUUGUGGAGUUUGUCGCCAAACUGUUGACGUCAACUGCGGGCAAUACUCUUGUGAUAAGGGAUGCCAAUAUGCUAUCCAUUCGAAAUGUGCAACAUGGAGAGACGUGUGGGAUGGAAUAGAUCUUGAUGGAGUGCCUGAAGAACCCGAGGAGUAUAUCGAACCGCCAUUCCUGAAGAUUGAUGAGGAGACAAUUCAACAUUUCAGUCAUCAUGAGCAUUAUAUGAAGCUCCAUGUAAAGAAAACCAUUACCGAGAAAGACAAGUUUUGUGAGGCAUGCACCCUUCCAGUAAUGAUUUCUCAGCGAUUUUAUGGUUGUGUGGAGUGUGAUUUUGUACUCGACGAAGCAUGUGCAUCUCUUCCUCGCAAAAUAUACAACCCACUACAUAAACACCCACUUACCCUCCACGUCUUCCCUACUGUUGACACCUACACGGACCCGAAUAUGCCUAUUACCAAAACCUUAUUCAAUUGUGAUGGUUGCUUCCGAUAUGGUUGUGGUUUCCUCUACAGAUGCCAUGAAAAAGGUUGUGAAGAAUUUCUACUAGACGUCAGGUGCGCUUCCCUUCCAGAUCCUCUAAUUCAUUGUUGUCAUCCACACGAUCUCUUCUUCAACUUGACCACAGGUACUUGCAUAGGGUGUGAUUCUGCUGAGUGUUCAUCCUAUUUUCUGGAAUGCAUUGAAUGCAAUUCCUUUUUGGGUAUUAGAUGUGCCACUUUGCCUACUGAGGCACACUACAAACACGAUAGGCAUCCACUCACUCUUUGCUACGGUGAAGAAGAUACUACAAAUGGCCAAUAUUGGUGUGAGAAAUGUGAAUCAAAAUUACAUCCAUGGAGAUGGUUUUAUACAUGUGACUCUUGUAAGAUCACUCUCCACGUCACAUGUUUACUGGGGGAAGAUAUCUACAUGAAGCCCAACUUCGUUUCAGUUGAUGAUGAUCAAUUUGAAAUUGCUCGCAAUGAUGGUAACUCUCGGCUGCUUUGCUCUUAUUGCAAUUUGCGUUGUGCACAAACAUUGGUAUUCAAGAGGAGAGGUGAAUACGAAAGUUUUUGUACUCUUACUUGUUUGGGAGAUUCUUUGGACUCAUAAACUUAGAAGGCCUGAAGACAGAGAAACAACGUCUGAGUCUGAAUCUGCAUGAUCCACUGAAAAAGCCUUUCAAUUUCGUGUAAUUUUAUAUCUUGAGAGUUUAAUCUAUGAAACAUGUUUUGUAUUAAAGUUUUUUUUAGUUUAAUAUAAUCUUCCAGAAAUAAGAUUGCAUAA